UCUUCUGCACCCCUCCUUCGCGUGCUCCUUCCUGCUGCCUUCUCGUGGGCGCCCUUUUGCCCCCCACUUCAAGUCUCCCGAGUUCUUGAAUCCCCCCUUUUCUUCCCCUUGCCCCCUCCUCACCCCUCUGCCUCCGAGUGGUUCCCCCUCCUCAUCACUGCCCCCCCCUCACACACCACAGCCUCCUGAUUCCGAGGGGCGGGAGCGCAUUGGGCUGCGCACGGGUGGGGGCGCCGCGCCAGCUUCGCGUAGCUGCUCUGACGCCGCCGCCCGCCGCCCGCCGCCGCCGCAGCCCGAGGAGCCCCGCGGCAGCUCCGCAGUGCGCUCGCCGCCGCUCCGCCAGACCCGCGGCCGGCCAGCACAGGGUCAGCCCGGAGGGAGCCUCAAACGCCAGCCGAGGGGGGUCAUGAGCCAGAGCGCCCCGAGGCACUGCGGGGAAAGCAGGCGAAGAUAGCGGCCUCGAGCGCCCCUGGCCCCCGCCGCUUUGCCGCGCGUUCCCCGCGUUCUCAGCCGCUUCUGUCCUUUCCCUGGACCCCGCCGCCGCCAUGGCGACCCUGCUCCGCAGCAAGCUGUCUAACGUGGCCACGUCCGUGUCCAACAAGUCGCAGGCCAAGGUGAGCGGCAUGUUCGCCAGGAUGGGUUUCCAGGCGGCCACGGACGAGGAGGCGGUGGGGUUCGCGCACUGCGACGACCUGGACUUCGAGCACCGCCAGGGCCUGCAGAUGGACAUCCUGAAAAGCGAGGGCGAGCCCUGCGGGGACGAGGGCGCCGAGCCGCCCGUCGAGGGAGACAUCCAUUACCAGCGUGGUGGCGGCGCGCCCCUGCCGCCCUCGGGCUCCAAGGACCAGGCCAUGGGGGCUGGUGGCGAGUUCGGGGGCCAGGACAAGCCCAAGAUCACGGCGUGGGAGGCAGGCUGGAACGUGACCAACGCUAUCCAGGGCAUGUUCGUGCUGGGUUUGCCCUACGCCAUUCUGCACGGCGGCUACCUGGGGUUGUUCCUCAUCAUCUUCGCCGCCGUGGUGUGCUGCUACACCGGCAAGAUCCUCAUCGCAUGCCUGUACGAGGAGAACGAGGACGGCGAGGUAGUGCGAGUGCGGGACUCGUAUGUGGCCAUCGCCAAUGCGUGCUGCGCUCCGCGCUUCCCCACGCUGGGUGGCCGCGUGGUGAACGUGGCGCAGAUCAUCGAGCUAGUAAUGACUUGUAUCCUGUACGUGGUGGUGAGUGGCAACCUCAUGUACAACAGCUUCCCGGGGCUGCCCGUGUCGCAGAAGUCCUGGUCCAUCAUCGCCACGGCGGUGCUGCUGCCCUGCGCCUUCCUUAAGAACCUCAAGGCUGUGUCCAAGUUCAGCCUGCUGUGCACUUUGGCCCACUUCGUCAUCAACAUCCUGGUCAUCGCCUACUGCCUAUCGAGGGCGCGCGACUGGGCCUGGGAGAAGGUCAAGUUCUACAUCGACGUCAAGAAGUUUCCCAUCUCCAUCGGCAUCAUCGUGUUCAGCUACACGUCGCAGAUCUUCCUGCCUUCGCUGGAGGGCAACAUGCAACAGCCCAGCGAGUUCCACUGCAUGAUGAACUGGACGCACAUCGCCGCCUGCGUGCUCAAGGGCCUCUUCGCGCUCGUCGCCUACCUCACCUGGGCCGACGAGACCAAGGAGGUCAUCACGGAUAACCUGCCUGGUUCCAUCCGCGCUGUGGUCAACAUCUUCCUGGUGGCCAAGGCGCUGUUGUCUUACCCGCUGCCCUUCUUCGCUGCCGUCGAGGUGCUGGAGAAGUCGCUCUUCCAGGAAGGCAGCCGCGCCUUCUUCCCCGCAUGCUACGGCGGCGACGGCCGUCUCAAGUCCUGGGGGCUGACGUUGCGCUGCGCGCUGGUCGUCUUCACGCUGCUCAUGGCCAUCUAUGUCCCGCACUUCGCGCUGCUCAUGGGCCUCACGGGCAGCCUCACCGGCGCCGGCCUCUGCUUCCUGCUGCCCAGCCUCUUCCACCUGCGUCUUCUCUGGCGCAAGCUGCUGUGGCACCAAGUCUUCUUCGACGUUGCCAUCUUCGUCAUUGGCGGCAUCUGCAGCGUGUCCGGCUUCGUGCACUCGCUCGAGGGCCUCAUCGAGGCCUACCGAACCAACGCGGAGGACUAGGGAGCCAGGGCAAUCAAUCUCCCGCGCUCCUUCCCCUCCCUACCACCCCACCCCCACCAACCCAGUGCGCCCAGCCGCCGCGCUUGGGAAGCCAAGCUUUAAACAUCUCUGGUUCCUAGUUUCUUAUUAUUGGGGAUGGGAGUGGGGUGGGAGGGGAUAGGGAUCCACAAUCCCCAUAGCGUCUGCGUUUCUCUUGUCCUGUCUUUUCCACAACACCUUGGUUUCAGGGGAGGCGAGGGCGCAUUUGUGGGCAGGGUUAUCUCACCUUCCACGAGGGGCCCCGACACCUUGGCCCCGUCACCAAGAGUGGUGGGAAGGGAGGGAGAGGGGGCGCAGCUCGCAGGCGCAGAAACCCGACCUUACGACCUUACGGGGACAUUUCACAGCUAUCCAGUGCUCGGAAUCUGCAGCCCAGCCAUUUCCUGCAAGAGCGCUUCCCAUUCCGUAGACAUUUCAACCCUGCAGCGGGAAAGGCUGGCGGGAAAUCCCUGUUGGGUGGGCGCUUUCCCCCCAGCGAAGCGGGAGGCAAGAAGCCGCGGCGGGGCCGGCUUGCCUGCGGGUUUUCAGGAAUCCAAACUCAUCUUGUGCAAUUUAUCAGGUUGUGGAACUGUUCUGUGCGUGUGGUGUGCUCGUGGUGAAUAAGAUGAAAUGUAUAUCAGAAAAAAAAAUCUAUCUCUAAUUUAGAGUGCGGUGCAUAAUUAUAUCCGCAAAUAAAGAAGAAACAAUGGUG